AUGAGUUACGGUUAUCCCCAGCAAGGCUACGGCCAGCAGUAUCCCCCUCAAGGACAGCCUCCAUUCCAACAACAGCAACCUUACCAACAACAGCAAGGCUAUGGCGCCCCUCCUGGUCCUCCUCCCGGCCACUCACCAUACCCGCAGCAGCACGGUGGGUAUGGUGCACCCCCUGGCCCUCCUCCAGGCCACCAUCCAUCACAAUCAUUCGGCGCUCCUCCUCCAGGACCCCCGCCAGGACAAUAUGGCGCUCCUCAGUUUGGUGCCCCGCCAGGGCCACCUCCCGGUCAAUACGGUCAGCCACAGGCGCAAUACGGUAGCGGUCCUCCCGCUCCACCCUCGAUGGGCUACGUUCCUGGUCAAGUAGCCCCAAUGGACAUGUCUCGUCAAGCCGAUGAUUUGCGCAAAGCCAUGAAGGGCUUCGGAACCGACGAGAAGGCACUCAUCGCGAUACUCGCACCUAUGGACCCCCUCCAGGCUGCUGGUGUACGUCAAGCGUUCGCGCAGCGUCAUCGUCGCGACCUGAUUAAGGACAUUGAAUCCGAGACAUCAGGCUACUUCCGCGAUGGCCUCGUGGCCAUGGUACGCGGGCCGCUCGAGCAAGACGUUGUGAACGCAAACAAGGCCAUCAAAGGGUUCGGCACCAAGGAGUCUAUCCUCAACGACGUGCUAUUAGGGCGCAGCAACGCCGACUUGAAUGCUAUCAAAGCACACUACCACCACGUCUACCACAAAUCUCUUGAGUCUGACGUCAAGGGUGACCUAUCUAUGAAGACCGAGCGUCUCUUCGACAUGGUUCUAGCAGCACGCCGCAACGAAGAGUCGUCUCCUGUCAUCCCUCAGCAAAUCGAAGCUGAUGUCAGCGAACUCUAUCGUGCCACCGAGGGCAGCAAGAUCGGUUGUGAUCAAGUUGCUGUCUGUGCGGUCCUCACCCAGCGUAGCGAUGGUCAGCUCCGUGCCAUCUCCCAAGCGUACCGACAAAAGUACCACCGCGAGCUCGCAGAGGUUUUGAAGAAGAACUUCAGUGGCCACAUGGAAGAUGCGCUGUUGUACAUUCUAUUCAAUGCUGAGGAUCGCGCCAAGCACGACGCUCAACUUCUCGAGGCUGCCAUGGCAGGCAUGGGUACGAAAGAUGACCUUCUCGUAAACAGGAUUGUCAGAAUUCACUGGGACAAACACCGCAUGUCGCAAGCUCGAGGCGCCUACAGACACUUCUUCCAGCGUGACUUGGCCGAUCGCAUACGUGGAGAAACAAGAGGCGAUUACGAGAAGUUAAUGGUAGCAAUUGUGCAAAGCGCCUAG